AUGAGCGUCGUAAAGUCUAGAAUCACUGUUCUUUUCGACAGUUUGCAAGACCUGGAGAAGAUAUCACAGAACGCGCUAGGUUCUGAUGAAAGCUCCGAGAGUCUAGUAAUUGAAGGGUCUGAUCAGCUCGUGCAGCGAAGAACCACGUUGGACGUGUUUGACGAUUCAGGACUAGUCAGAAUCACUUGGAAGCGGAGAGGUGCUGAUACUUCUGACUUUGUCUUGGCUGCACCUUUAUCUGAUGGACUGAAUGUUUACGUUUCUCGGUACCCUAAAUCAAAACCGACUAUUCGAGGUGCCAUCAAUUCCGCAAAAUAUCACCUCCUGCAUUCCGACGAAUUUGACAAAGAACUCCUGGGCCAAUUUCUGCCUUCUGAAUUUGACGGGAACGCACUAGAUUGGGAAAUUAAGAAUUACGAUAUCUUUGUUGGCCAUGGAAAACUCCGUGUAGAUGAGUAUUAUAAUAUAAAGAAAGGUCAAGACGAAACGCUGACUUAUGACGCGGCCCUUGGUAAGUUAGAAGUUGGAUUUUUCUUUGUAGAAUCGAGCGACGAAUUUGAUGUCAAUUUGAAUGGCGCCAGGUGCAUUUGGAACAAUGCAGGUUUUAUUGAGCAAUGCCAGAAAACGUACCUCUUUUUCCAGCGGGCGCACUCUAUGUCACUGAAGCCUUCCGGCACCUUGCUUGAGCUUCUAGAACCGACAGGUCUCCACCCUAUAGUCUCUGUCGAUUUGACAAACGAAUUGCCAUCUGACAAUUGUGACCACUUUAUGUAUUUAACGGCGCCUGCAGAUCUUUUCAUAGACAAGUUCGAGUCCUCUCCUGUUUUUCUGGCAGGUGCGGCUGACUUAGAAGCACCAGAGUAUGCAGUUCGGAACACAUCAUGGGGUAUGGAAACAUUACUAUUAUUGGAGCCAGGAAAGUUGAACGAAAUUAAAUUACACACGAGAUACGUUCAGCCACAAGAAAAGGGACAGUUCAAAAUGGUACAGUUCACGAGCUCCGUAUUUCAGGCAUGCGAUUCGGGCAAUCACAACAUACACGAAAAUCCUUUCUACUCGAAGUCUCUGGGCUUUGAGUCGCUCUUCACUAACGAUACCACGUUCAGACACCUCAAUUCUACGAAUUUUAAGGUCUCGAUUCCCGUUGGGGACACAAGUGACUACGAAGUGGUAAAAAUAACUACUUGGUCGUGUUUGAUUCUCGCCACAGUUUACCUACUAAUGAAAGUACUGAAGAGAUAA